AUGAGCUCCGACGUCAUCAAGCGGGCUGACCCAAGCGACGAUUAUGCAUUGCUACAACGUGUCGGCGCCGGAACCUAUGGGGAAGUCUACAAAGCUCGUCAUAUCCGGAACGGAGACUUUUCUGCCGUGAAGGUUGUAAAGCUGGAGGCUGGCGACAAUUUUUCGGUUAUCCAACAAGAAAUAAUGAUGAUUCGUGAUUGCAUUCAUCCUAAUAUAAUUGCCUAUUAUGGAAGCUAUCUUCGCAGAGACCGUCUAUGGAUCGUGAUGGAGUAUUGUGGGGGUGGCUCGCUGCAGGAUAUUUAUCAGAUGACUGGCCCUCUUUCGGAGCUGCAGAUAGCCUUCGUUUGCCGUGAGACGUUGAAGGGGCUUGACUAUCUUCACAAGAUGGGCAAGGUGCAUCGCGACAUAAAGGGAGCAAACGUUCUCUUGACGCAGCAUGGCGAUGUCAAACUCGCUGAUUUCGGCGUGGCCGCUCAAAUCACUGCGACGAUCGGCAAACGCAAGUCCUUCAUUGGAACGCCGUAUUGGAUGGCCCCGGAAGUGGCUUCCGUUGAGAAAAGAGGCGGCUAUGGCGUCCAAUGUGACGUUUGGGCGAUGGGGAUAACAGCCAUCGAAUUGGCAGAAUGUCAGCCGCCUUUUUACGACUUGCACCCCAUGCAGGUGCUCUACCUGAUGACGAAAAGCACCUACAAAUCCCCGUCGCUCAAGGAGUCGUGCAAAUGGUCGAGCCAGUUCCACGACUUCAUCAAGCAGUGUUUGACAAAGAAUCCGAAGAAGAGGCCCUUGCCCGAAAAGCUAUUGGCGAGCCAUCCAUUGCUGAGCGGUUACUUGAGCUCUCGAAUGACGCGAGAUUUGCUUGAUAGGGUCAACAACACGAGCUCGGGAUUCAAUGCCAACUACUCGGAGGUCAGGCUGUGUGAAAGUGAAGAGAUUGACGAUGAUGACGACCUGCAGCGCUCAGGGCCUUCUCCGAGCUUUAGGUUGGCUGACAUCCUGGAGGGCCAGCGCAUUGGCGGCCGCCCGAAGUUCCGCCCACCAGAUCCGCCGAACAUCUCGGAUGGGUCGCUGUCUGACAGAGACUACCUCCCGAUGCCUGAUGUUCUAGGAGGUGGGCCAUUGCUGCAGGACAAAGUCAACUCAUUUCAAGAUCAUCGGGACCUUCGCACCAUAAAAGUCAAACCCGCUUACGCCAAUGGACCUAUGCUUGGGAGAGCCUCCAGUACUGAAGAGAGAAACGUCAGCUUUCGCAGCGACGCAUCCGAGAAACCACGCCCUGUGACACUGUUCGGUCUUCCAUUGACUCCCAAGGUCUACAUGGGCGCCUGCUUUUCCCAGCUUCUCCAUAACGUAUCCCUAGAUGUGCACUGUGGGGCUUCCUGGAUUAAUCCCACGACCAACGGUGAAUUUUUGCUGAUCGGUGCUGAAGAAGGCAUUUUCGCUAUGGAUUUGGGUAACUUGCAUGAUGCUCGCCUCGUUCAGCUUGACCAUCGUCGCUGCCUCUGGAUGCACAUACACAAAGACAUCAUGAUGGCGAUGCAGGGCAAGACCACAUAUCUAUAUCGGCACGAUUUAUUGGCAUUAACUGCCAAGAAGUUUGCCGUGAAGCUCAGCAAGUCGUUCCGAAAAAUGCCUAUCAAACUGUUCGAAAAGUCUCUCAGCUCCGGAGUACGCCUCCCGGAAACGAAGGACUGCUUGCAAUGUUGCGUUCAGCCCGGGAUAGGGCUUCGCUCCAGUCACCUCUAUUUGGCUGUUACACUGCCCUCAUCCGUCUGGCUUUAUCAAUGGUACGAUCCGCAAAACAAAUUUCUCAGCGUGCGCUCUUGCCAGGUCUGGCCGGGGAGGAUGCAUUUGCACCCUUUCCAGUUGUUGAACACGCGGUCUGACUUUCCUCAAGUUUGCAUCGGCGUCAAGAGAUGUGGUUUGGAGAAUUUCACCUUCGAUUACGUUAGCUUUGGGGAUAAUAGCAAGAUGAUCGAUCCCGAGACUACACUUGAAGUCGGCGACAUUGAUGGUCGGCUUGAAGUGGUUGAUAUGGCCCAGUUGGAGCGUGAUCGAGUUAUUUUCGCCUUUUCCUCAUAUGUUGUCGUCACCGAUCUCAAUGGUGUAUCCCGUCCCGCAUUCCCGAAUGGACCCUCGUUGUUCAAAUUCGACUUUGUGAUCAAGAAGCUAGUCGUACUUUCUGAUUCGUUCUUGGUAUUCCACGCUCACGGCGUCGAGGGGAGAUCGCUGUCGGAACAGGAAACCACUCAACACCUACAUGAUACCUCCAGGGAUGCUGAUCCUGAAAAGCCGGCGCAACGAAUCAACGACGAGGCGUUGGAGCAGCGAGGAUUCCGUGCCGUCAGGAACUCUCGUUCCCGCGGAUUG